UUGAUGGAAAACUACACCUUCAACAGCUUCACACUCCAGAUGGAGGGGUACAAGGUCACAAAGAAUUCUAUGUAUCCUGUCUUUUUCAUGUUCUUUAUUUCCUACAUUGUUAUAAUGGUUAUGAAUGUUGGCAUUUCAGUUUUAAUUUUCAUUGACAAAAACCUUCACCAGCCUAUGUAUCUGCUUUUUUGCAACCUGUCACUCAGUGACAUAAUUGGAAGUACUAAUAUUCUACCCCGGCUGCUGUCGGAUAUCUUGCUGCCUCCCUCUGAACGCUUGAUCAGUUAUUACGAGUGUGUGGUCCAGGCUUUCACCACACAAUUCUUUUCCACCACUUCACACACUGUGCUCAUGAUUAUGGCCUUUGACAGAUAUGUGGCCAUCUGCAAUCCCCUGCGUUACGCUGCCAUAAUGAACAACAAAAUGUUGAUCAAGCUGACAGUUUCUGCCUGGGGAGUGGCCUUUGUUCUGGUCGGGAUUCUGCUCGGUCUGACCGUAAGACUGAACCGAUGCAGGACCCUGAUCACAAGCCCUUUCUGUGACAAUGCCUCCCUGUUUAAACUCUCUUGUGAGAGUGUGUUUAUUAAUAAUGUCUAUGGCAUCACUUUCACUGUGGUCCUGGUAACCUUCUCCAUAGGCAGCAUAGUUCUCACCUAUACUAAGAUUACAGUCGUCUGUUUGACCAGUAAGAACAAGUCUCUGAACAGUAAAGCUUUGAAGACCUGCAGCACUCAUCUAGUUGUGUAUCUGAUCAUGUUGUUUAGUGGAAUGAUUUCCAUUACUUUGCAUCGUUUUCCUCAGUACGCAGACUACAGAAAACUUUCUUCCAUCCUGUUUGUUAUUGUCCCUGGAAGCCUCAACACCAUUAUUUAUGGCAUACAGUCCAAAGAGAUACGAAAAUUCUUAUCUGAAAUGUUUCAGUCAUAA